AUGACGACUCCGAGAAGAAUCAGAUUUAGAAACAGAAAAUCGAAUAGUAUUCAAAAUGUACCCUCAAUAUCUAUUCCUUCUCAAGUUUUUGGAAACACGCAAAGCAUCAAUGCCAUUCUACCACCGAGAGUGCCAACACCAUUACCAAGGAUGUCGGGAAAAGAUAAAAUGGAGAAGCUACGAAAAUACAAAGGAAACAUGUUCACUUUCAGAUACAUCCUCGCUCAUAUUCUGAAUGAGCAAAAAAAACAAGAAUCGAAAGGAAAAAAUAAUGAUUACUCAUUGGUUGCCAUAAUGAAAGAGGAACACGAUGCUAGGGAAUAUUAUGGCAAAAAAAAUCAGCACAUGUCUUUAGGGAAAGAAACACGGAAUGAGAAUGUCGAAUUUGAGACACAUUUAAUUCACGUCGAUUUUCAAAAUCCUGAAGGAUAUCGUGAAUUGAACGAUCUUUGUAUUGCUUCUAUCAAAGUUUUGAUGACGGAUAAUACACUGGAUAGCAAAACUUUGAAUGCAAUCAAAUACUUUAAGUCAAAUUGCGCGAAGAAAGCAAAUAAGCGUUUGAUGAGGCACUUUGACAAUCAAUGUACCGUCGGAGUUUCAGUAUUUGAAUACAAUGGCGACGAGCAAACAAUCAAAACUAUGUGCUUGAAAGCUUACGAUGACCUAGGACUCCAACAUCAAGCCCAAUUUAUCAUACUGUUUGUUGGAACGAUUUUUGUACUAGUAAUCUUGGGAAAACUGUCGAAAACGCUCUAA